AAAUAUGGCGCCCAUAGAGACCCCGCGACAGUCCGACAGAUGGCUUAAAGGAAAGCCGUCGUCACAUCUUGAUCAUUUUCGCAAAAGUGGCAUUGAUCCAUGCCGAAUCUUGGAGCCCAAAAGAAAGACAUUGCAGUCACUAGAGGCUGAAAGAAUUAUGACCGUCUUUCGAGACAUGGUUAGGAGGAUGGAAAUCAAUACAGCUCUGCCCUAUAUACUAAAUUCAUUACCGCGAUUUUCCGUUAUUUUCGGCCAGGAUUUGACAUCGCGUUUGAGCAGUCAUUUGCAGUUACAACGUGCAUACGAAGAGGCGCUUGCCGAGCUGGGGAGAAUUUCAAGGCAGAAUGUCGAGCUUCAAACGGGUACCCAAACAAAUACCCAGACAGAGGCUGGAUCAAGCAAUGUGAAAUUUAGUAAACCCAGUAUCAUCAUUACUUCUGUCAAUGGAAAUCAGUUAGGAAUUGUUCUCGAGAAAGAAGUGGAAUUUCUGGAAAAAAGAAUUAAAUGCUCAUUGAGGGAAAUAUUCAGGUUUUUUAAAAAGAAUCCGAAAGCAAUUGAAAUGGUCACAGAAAGCAAACCGGUCCGUAACCGAGAGUAUACAGCUUUAUUGAAUAAGCUGACAUCAGUAGAAAGUAUCAUGAAAGAGAGGCUACUGACGUCACCAUUCGAGGAACAAGAUAUGAAAUUGCAGUUAAUGGAAAUUAUUGACAGAGAAAAGAAAACAACCGUAUUACGAGAAAAGCUUGAAACAAAUUACCAGGUGGCUGUGGAAGCGAAGGAGUCUGAGAUUUAUGAACGAGAUAUAAGAAUUCUACAGCUUCAGCAAGACUUGCAACUGAUCGAGAAAAUCCAUUCUGAAAAACAGCAACGAACUUUGACAGAAGCCUUGAAACAAUCUUCCCAGGAUAACAACAUGUCUAAGGCUAAAGUGGCAAACUAUUGCGAAGACAUAUCCCUGUGUAGAAAGAAAAUCCAAGAGGAUAAAAAAGAACAUCGAAAAAAUGAAACCCUCUUGAGGAAGAAGAGAUUCAAGAUGGCUACGGAAGUGUUCAACUGGGUGCAAAAAUACGAUGCUGAUUUAAGUGGAAGACAGGACGAAUACGACCUUUACACGCGCAUGUAUGACGCUGACAAAGAGCAACUCGGGCAACUUCAAGAGCGGUUCUCAAUCUUAGAGAAACAGUACGACGCCAUUAUCGAGGAGCGACGGGUCGCGGAAGAGGAGAAGGCGAGAAAGAUGGAAGAGGAGAGAAAACAGAACCAAGCUGCUGAAGUUAUACAAACCGUUUGGAGAAAUUACCAAUUCAGAAUACUUAUGCGUGCCAAAUCAAAGAAGUCCUCAAAGAAAGGCAAAGGUGGAAAGUGAUUUGAA